AUGGCGAGCCCGCAGUGCUGCGCGAACCCACCGGCGCUCAACCCCGCCGCCGGCGAGGGCAAGGUCGUGGACAGCUUCGGCGGGAUCAAGGCGUACGUCGCCGGCGCCCAGGACUCCAAGGCCGCCGUCGUCCUCAUCUCCGACGUCUACGGUUUUGAAGCGCCGAAUCUGAGGAAGAUAGCCGAUAAAGUUGCUUCGUCUGGAUAUUUUGUUGUCGUGCCAGAUUUCUUACAUGGGGAUCCAUUUGUACCUGAAAACGCUGACCGACCAAUAGCAGUGUGGAUAAAGGAGCAUACCCCGGGAAAAGCAUUUGAAGAGGCAAAACCUGUUAUUGCUGCUCUAAAGGAACAAGGAGCGUCUAGUGUUGGGGCUGCAGGUUAUUGCUGGGGUGCAAAGGUAGUUGCAGAGCUAGGGAAAGCUAAUGAGAUCCAGGCAGCUGUUAUGUCGCACCCUUCAUUUGUUACUGUUGAUGAUAUAAAAGAGGUGAAAUGCCCCAUCUCUAUACUUGGAGCUGAAACCGACGUAAUGUCCCCACCAGAAUUGGUCAAGGAGUUCGAGCAGGUUCUAUCCUCUAACUCAGGGAUUGCUCACUUUGUCAAGAUCUUCCCUGGGGUUUCUCAUGGAUGGACCGUGAGAUACAAAAGCGAAGACGCAGCUGCUGUGAAGAGCGCCGAGGAAGCCCUGGCGGACAUGGUUGACUGGUUUAACAAGAACCUCAAGUAA